GAUCGGUCCACCAGUCGUGUUCGGGAUCUCGAGUAGAGCGGUCGCAGUUUUUUGGAACAUUCCGGAUUCGGUGAUAGUGGAGAUGUUUGCUGAAGAAGACUUCUGCAGCAGCUAAGGAUGUGAAUGGAUCCAAUUGAUAGUGAUAGUGAAAAGAAGAGUUUUAGGUUGAUAACGUGAUCUGGCUAAGUUUAACAAAGUGGGCAACGAACGGUAGUGAUAACGACUUAACGUUACUUAAUCGGUCAGAAAAAAAGGCUGCUAAAUAUAGUGAUUGAUUAUCAGAUGUUGGAAAACAGAAAGUUAUUUGUUUAAAGAUGAAAUAUGUACUGUUGGCUCUGGUAGCCGUUACGGUGUGCUCUCGAAUAGCUGAAGGAGUUAGUCCAAGAGACUUGUACAGCUACAUCAACGAACCUAGCGAUGUUCUACCACGAGGAGAUGAAGAGUAUGCGGAAAUGCAGCUAGACGUUCCGGCCCAUUUCUACAGCGAAAAAUAUGAAUUUGUCUAUAUUAACACCAACGGCAUUCUAACGUUUGGAUCUGAGUUUCAAAAUUAUCUCAAUUUGCCUUUCCCCAUCGAGUAUCCGGCGGUGGCUCCGUUCUAUGCGAACGUGGAUACUACUCUACCAAACGAUACCGCCGCCAUCGUGUACUUCAAAUCAACUGAUGAAGAUUUACUGCACCGUGUAAGUGACCUGGUGCGCGUCAACUUUGACGAAUCGACAGACUUCGAAGCUCGGCAGGUGUUUGUAGCAACUUGGGAACACGUGGGCCACUAUGACAUGAAGAACGACGUUACGAAUUCUUUUCAAGUUGCGCUGAUUCUGGGCGACGAGGAGACGUUCGUACAGUUUCUGUAUCCCGAGAAUGGCAUCAACUGGAUACAGGGUGAUACGAAGGAAUCGGGCCUGCCGGACGUCCGGGCCCAGGCUGGGUUUAUAUCCGAGGAUGGACGAUUCUUCCCUCUGCAGGGCUCCGGAACUGAUAAUAUGAAGCAUCUAACAGUAUCCUCUAAUGUGGGUGAACCUGGAGAGUGGCUGUUCAAGGUUGGUCCUUUCGAUCAAGACGGCAACGUACAGGAACCCAAUGUGCACGAUGAGGGUUCCCAUGAGCCACGAAGCUGCGCCGAUGGAGGCCACUUUAAGUGUCAUUCGGCUGCAACGUGUACGGAUACUCGGACAGGUUACUGUUGUUCGUGUAAGGCUGGAUACUACGGAAACGGAUACAGUUGUGUUAAGAACGACGUGCCUAUGCGAGUGAUCGGGUCAAUCAAGGGAACGCUGAAUCACUGGACAGUCGAUAGUCAAAUGCAGUCUUACGUUGUGAUGGCUGAUGGCAGGACCUACACCGCGUUGAGUCCUUUGGAGGGUGAUCUUGGUACGACCCUGCAGUUGGCUCAAACUAUAGGAGCAAGUGUUGGAUGGCUGUUUGCUAAACCUAUCGGCAAUGUUCUCAACGGGUAUCAGAUAACUGGAGGAAAAUUCAACCAAACAACUACGAUCAAUUUCCAAGGAUCCCAUGACAAUCUCCGGAUUGAUCUACAUUUUAAUGGACUGAAUUUGUGGGAUCAGCUGGCGUUAGAUAUCACCAUUGAAGGUCAAGUGACGCAAGUUCCACUUGGAGACAAAGUGCACAUUGACGACUACUCUGAAAUAUACCAAAGGGUUGGAAAAGAUCGACUUGAGGCAUACACCACCCACAAAAUGCUCAUUCCAUCUGAAGAACGUGAAGUGGACUACACCAUGCAUCAGGUCAUUUCGUUUGAACCGUGUCCGUUUUUGGAAAUGGAAGAAAAUGCAGCGAACCGGAUGACUACACUAAAAACCAGCAAAAUCAACCUGGGCUACGAACCGCGAGAAAAGGCAAUUCGCAUGGGUAUGUUGAGCAAGAUAAGCUCCGGUGAAAAGGUGAAUCCAUGCGACGAUGCAAACUGUGGAGACAAUACUGUCUGCGUUCCAAAUGCUGAUGAUACCUACGAUUGCAACUGUAAAAAUGGAUUUACGUAUGUACCGUACACCAACAACGAUCGCAUAAAUUGUGUCGAUAUUGACGAGUGCUCGGGUAUUAAUAUCUGCGAUGAACAUUCCGAUUGCAUCAACGAACCUGGUGGCUACAAAUGUGUCUGCAUCGAUGGAUAUGAAGGUAACGGUUUUCAAUGCGAUUUGAUUGAUGCCGGUGCCAGUUCGGUGGUGGUUCCCACGCCAGCCAACACUUUCUACGAAGUUCAUUCCUAUGCUCCGGAUGUCAGAGAAGAUCACUGCGAGCAUUGUUCGGAGUUCGCUGAUUGUGUGAACGGACGCUGUGAAUGCAAGGCAGGAUACGCUGGAGAUGGAUAUGUAUGUGAAAACCCGUGCGACGUAGAUCAAGUAUGGAAUGGUGAAGCUUGUGUUAAGCAGGGAUCGAACGAAGAAUAUGAAAUAGCGCCAUUCUGCACUGUUCAAGGAUGCACUUGUCCAACUGGCUACACUCUAAUUGAGUAUUCGUUCGAUCAGAUCUGUCGUUUGGUGGAAGUUCAACCCGAUGAACAUCUGCCAUCUUGCGACGUAGAAAAUCACUGUAGCCCUCUAGCAAACUGUGAAUGGAACGAACAUCAGUACCGUUACGAAUGCGUCUGUAAUCCCGGCUACGAUGGCGAUGGUUUCACCUGCGUAGAGAAGGAAGUAUCUUGCCUUGAUGAAGAAGACAUCUGCGAUCAGCAUGCGUCGUGUAACUACAACGUUCAGUCGAAGAAAUCAGUCUGUGUUUGCAACAAUGGAUAUAUUGGCGAUGGCCGCACUUGCCACCUAGCUCCGGAAUGUGGCAUAGAUGAUGACUGUGGAAUGCACUCGGUUUGUCUAGAAGGACUCUGUGUCUGCCAGGACGGAUACGAACGAGACGUUUCGGACUUUUGCGUACGGGCUGGAUCAUGUGGAGGAGCUUACUGUGCCGAUAAUGCUAUUUGCAAGUACGAUCCUCACCAGAAUAUCCCGUAUUGCUACUGUCCUGAAGGUUUCAUUGGAGAUGGUGUUCACCAGUGCAAGUCCAUCCCACCGCCAUGCAACGUGCGUAACAACUGUGGCCUGCAUGCCACGUGCGGACCUAAUUUCAGGGAACCAACUAAGUACGAAUGCACUUGUAAUCCUGGUUUCUUCGGAGAUGGAUUCGUUUGCACUCCAGAACGGAAUUGCAUCAAUAUUCCAAGUCUUUGUGAUCCAAAUGCACAAUGCGUCAGCACGACCUCAGGAUAUCAAUGUGCUUGCAAUCAAGGUUUUAUCGGUAACGGUAGCGUUUGCAACACUGCUCCCCGUCUUGAUUCUGGAUUCCUAUUGAUAAGUCAAGGUGUUGCAACCGUGAAACUUCCCAUCAAAGGCGGUCGUGGAGUUCCAGUAACCAUGGCACAGAUGGCUAUCGGAGUGGACAAGGACUGUGCUGAAGGUCGAAUCUACUUCAGCGAUAUUUCGGCGAAGCAGAUAUUCAGCUGCAAAUACGACGGCACCGAUCGCAAGCCAUUCAUCACCAAAGAUAUCCUUUCACCGGAGGGUGUAGCUGUAGAUUGGAUAUCUCGGCGACUCUACUGGACAGACUCCUCAAAGGAUACCAUCGAGGUUGCCAGUUUGGAAGAUCCGAACCUAAGAGCAGUUAUCGUGUCGAAAUAUCUAGUUAAUCCAAGAGGCAUUGCAGUAGACCCUCAUCAGAGUAAACUGUACUGGUCCGACUGGAACCGUGAGGGACCGAAGAUCGAGUGGGCUAAUCUGGAUGGUACGGAACGCCAAGUACUGGUCAGUGGACCGCAGGUUGAACUUCCGAAUAGCAUACAGGUUUCUCCGGGUACGGGCGAGCUCUGCUAUGCUGAUGCUGGUACUAAGAAAAUAGAAUGUGUGGACACUUAUACUAAGCACGUUAGAACUGUAGCGAGCAACCUAACAUAUCCAUUUGGAUUGGCAGUGACCGAUGAUCAUUUCUAUUGGACCGACUGGACCACGAAAAAAGUGGAAUCCAUAAACGCCUACGGAGAGCGUGAAAAGGGCAUUCCAUCUCCAGUUUUCGGUAACCACAAGAUGUAUGGCAUGACGGCAGUUACCGACAAGUGCCCGCUUUUCUACAGCCCAUGUGUGGUUAACAAUGGCGACUGCACAGAAAAAAGAAUCUGCCUGUCGAACCCCCGUGCUCCAUCUGGAAGGGGAUGUAAGUGUGCGGACGACAAUAACUGUAAUGAUGUAGUUUUGGACUAUUAGGGAGAGACCAUUUAUUACAAAGUUUAGUGCCAUAAGUGACGUGAGUUAUUGGUAAAAUAAUCUACACAAAACAUGUCUUUUUCAACGCCAUAAUGAUAAAUAAGAUAUUUUUUAAAACCA